AUCUAAUUCUAUGGUUCUGCAUACUAAUUGUCGAUGGAGAACUGACUGUGACUUUGGUAUCAACGAACCUUAACAAAACAAUUUACUGUUUAAAAAUUUUGGAGUUUCAUACAAUUUCUGAUUCUUGAUCGAUGUUUUAAAAGAUGUAAGAUAUCUCUGUGCAGGUGAAAUUAUUUAAUAGGCCAAGUUUAUAUUAGAAAAAAGGCCUAGUUGUUAAACUCAUUUCCAUUUAUUAGGCUUAGGAAAUUAAGAACAAGGCCACUGACAUAUAUGGUUUUCUUUGAUACCUUAUGUUUUUUUUCUAUUAUGAUAGAGUCAGUGGAACUUUGUGCAAGGAUUUACCUUACGUUAAACACACAAUGGUAGUUACUCUCCAAUGUUGGUCCUCUGCCAAUUAACAGAUAUUAAAUCAUAAUACUUUUGUUUAAUCAUCUAAGUUUUUUAGAAAAUUGAUGGAGUAAUCGAGUGGUUGAUGUAAAUAACUGAAGGCUACUCUAGCAUACUUAGUUCUUACUGCCUCUAUCCUCCCUGAUUUCUCGGCCUUACCUUUGCAUCCAAUUUAUCAUUGUUUCUGUUAUCUGCAUAUGUUGUUUCAUAUAAUUCCCUGAAUUUUAACCAUUGGCUAGUUUCUCUUUUUCUUUUGCCUUAUAAUUCUUCUAAAAUCAAAAGUUAUUGUGAAUUAUAAUCUAUUAGGAUUUAUCAGUAUUCUGGCUUUCAUGAUAAGCAAACCAGUUUUGUUGUGAAGCAGAUAAAUUUGCAUACCACUCAUGUUAUAUUUCUUCGCAAGUCUGUAGUCGGUGUAUAACCAAACACUUAAUUCUAUUCGAACAAUAAGAUUUAGUUUUAUGGUAAGUAUCCUUUUUCUGUGGAUAUACCUUGUAUUUUUCAUUCACAACUUGUUAAACAUAUGUCAUUGUUUCGAGUUUAGACUGAUACAAUUGCAGGUUCCGUGGCAUGUUCCAUGUGGCGGCUUAUGCUAUGGAGACGGAAAUUUAAUUUUCAUUGCGAACGAUUGGCACACAUCACUUCUGCCUGUGUAUCUGAAAGCAUGCUACCGCGACAAUGGCUUGAUGAAGUAUGCCAGGUCCAUCUUGGUGAUCCACAACAUAUCUCACCAGGUUAGCUCUCUCGCAUUUUAUGCUGCAUCUAUUAGGUUAAACUUCUGUUAAAUUCUCUCUUCAUUUAGAAGUUCAAUUUGCUGAGUUCAGUAGCCUGUGAGAUCCUCAGAACUGCUCAAAGACUGUUAAAUUUGCCAAGACGAUAUCUGCAAGUUUGCAGUUCUCUCACUUACCUUAUCAGUAAACCAAACACUUUCUGACUAUUUCUCACGUCACUGAAUCAAUGAUCCAAUUAUGCUUGCAUGAAUUCCUACAGCUGCAUUGUAUUUCUUGAAGUUUAGGUUGCAUGAUGCCCCUGGCCAUAUUGUUUUUGUGUGACCUGAAGAUAUUGAUCAUAUGUUGUACUUAAUUUUUCAUGAGUCUAUCAUGGUUUUUCCCAAACCUUGUUAUAAUUGCAUGACAUUUGAAGCACUCUGUUUUAUUAGAAACCUUCUUUACAUCCUUCUCUUUUGCAUCAAAUGAAUGUUUGUCUUCUUAAACUCUUUUUGAGCAAUCAAAACAUCUCCGCUUUUAAUUUCUUUUCUCCCCCAUUUUUGUUGAAGUUGCUUCAUUUCAAACUUGCAAAGAUUUCUGAGUUACCACCACCAAAGAAAAAUCAUUUCGCUCAAAAUGAAGAUAAAAUCAUUCAUCUUCUCUUCUCUUUUUCUACCGAGAAGAAUGCUUGAAUCUGAUCCUGAUAUAGAAGUUUCAUGGCAUCAUUCUAAACAACUUAGGAAACUACGAGCUCGGAAUCCUUAUCGUCUGCAUUCUACCUGUGUGUCUUGUCCAGGGGCGUGGUCCAGUUGAGGACUUCUUCCAUGUCGACUUGCCCGAUCAACACAUGGACCUCUUCAAGCUGUAUGAGCCGAUGGGAGGUGACCACUUCAACAUCUUCGCGGCCGGCCUCAAGACUGCUGACCGCGUGAUCACCGUCAGCCGUGGCUACGCAUGGGAGCUCACAACAUCCGAAGGUGGGUGGGGACUCCAUGAGAUCAUAAACGAGAACAACUGGAAGUUCCAAGGCAUCGUCAACGGGAUCGACACAGUGGACUGGAACCCUGAGCUGGAUCUUCACCUGCAAUCCGAUGGCUACAGAAACUAUUCCAUUGAGACUCUGCAAGCCGGGAAACCACAGUGCAAGGCGGCGCUGCAGAAGGAGCUCGGCCUCCCUGUCCGCGAGGACGUCCCCCUCAUCGGAUUCAUCGGCCGGCUGGAUCACCAGAAGGGCGUCGACCUCAUUGCGGGUGCGAUGCCUUGGAUCGUCGGGCAGGACUUGCAGCUGGUGAUGCUGGGCACCGGGCGGGCCGACCUGGAGGAGAUGCUGCGCAAGUUCGACAGGGAGCACCACAACAAGGUGAGGGCGUGGGUGGGGUUCUCGGUGAAGAUGGCGCACAGGAUCACCGCAGGGGCGGACGUCCUGCUCAUGCCAUCGCGGUUCGAGCCCUGCGGGCUGAACCAGCUGUACGCCAUGAAGUACGGCACGGUCCCGGUGGUGCACGCCGUCGGCGGGCUUCGCGACACGGUGAUCCCGUUCGAUCCCUUCAGGGAGAGCGGGUUCGGGUGGACGUUCGACCGGGCGGAGGCCAACAAGCUGAUCAAUGCGCUGGGGAACUGCCUCAACACCUACAGGAACCAGAAGGAGAAUUGGAAGGGCCUGCAGACGCGAGGGAUGGCACAGGACCUGAGCUGGGACAACGCCGCCAAACAUUACGAGGAAGUCCUCGUCUCAGCUAAGUAUCAGUGGUAAUCUUUGAGAACAUGAACGAACAGUAUCUAUCUCAG